AACCACCACUUAUCACUUCUCACUCCAAUCCACAAAAACUCUCCCCUUAGCCAAACAUGAACGCUCAGCUUCACACUCAUCUGCAAAUUCAAUUGAUUCCACAACCACCGUUACGCCGCCGCACAUUUCUGUUCUCCGCCCAAAGACGACGGCAAUCUCGAAGAUACGCCACCGCCGGAGCAUCUUUUGGUCUCGGAGUGUACUGUAGUUUAAGUAAUAGCAGUGGUGGAGGCACUGUGCCUGAGGAAUUGAACGAAGUCGACGAGCUGAAGAAGCAGCAGCCGAGGAGGGCGUACCCUUAUCACGAAAUUGAGCCUCGGUGGCAGCGUUAUUGGGAGGAAAAUCGCACUUUCCGGACACCUGAUGAUGUUGAUACCUCGAAACCUAAGUUCUAUGUUCUCGACAUGUUCCCUUACCCCAGUGGAGCUGGCCUACAUGUUGGCCAUCCUCUUGGAUAUACUGCCACAGACAUUCUGGCUAGAUUGAAACGCAUGCAGGGUUUCAAUGUUUUGCACCCAAUGGGAUGGGAUGCAUUUGGAUUACCAGCAGAGCAAUAUGCAAUCCAGACAGGAACCCACCCAAAAUUUACAACACUGAGGAACAUCAAUCGCUUCCGCUCCCAGCUUAAAUCAUUAGGCUUCUCAUAUGACUGGGAUCGUGAAAUUUCUACUACAGAACCUGACUAUUAUAAGUGGACACAAUGGAUUUUUCUGCAGCUUUUAAAGAGAGGACUGGCAUAUCAGGCUGAAGUGCCGGUCAACUGGUGCCCUGCUCUUGGCACUGUCUUGGCAAAUGAGGAGGUGGUGGAUGGUGUAAGUGAGCGUGGGGGUCAUCCAGUUAUAAGAAAGCCAAUGCGGCAAUGGAUGCUCAGGAUAACUGCAUAUGCUGAUCGUCUUCUUGAAGAUUUAGAUGAUCUUGAUUGGCCUGAAAGUGUAAAGGAGAUGCAAAGGAACUGGAUAGGGAGGUCAGAAGGGGCUGAGGUGGAAUUUUGUGUUCUUGAUGCUGAUGGACAGGAAAGAGAUGAAAAAAUCAAAGUUUAUACGACCAGGCCAGAUACCAUCUUUGGAGCAACUUAUUUGGUCCUGGCACCUGAGCAUUUCUUGUUGUCAUCAAUAGUAUCCAAGGCCCAAAGCAAAUGUGUGGAGGAAUACAAAGAGCUUGCCUCUAGAAAGAGUGACCUUGAGAGGACUGAGCUUCAGAAGGAAAAAACGGGGGUCUUUAGUGGUUGUUAUGCAAGAAAUCCAGCUAAUGGGGAGCCUAUCCCGAUAUGGGUUGCAGAUUAUGUUUUGGGGAGCUAUGGUACAGGGGCAAUAAUGGCUGUACCUGCACAUGAUACGCGUGACCAUGAGUUUGCUUUGAAGUAUGACAUUCCAGUUUGUUGGGUGGUAACACCAGAUGAAGAAAGUUCCAGUUAUUCUGGAGAACCUUAUUCGGGUGAUGGAAUUAUUAUAAAUUCAUCAAGUUCGACAUUAGGGCUUGACAUCAAUGGCUUGCCUAGCAAAGAAGCUGCUUUGAAAGUCAUUGAGUGGGUUGAGAAAACGGGUAAUGGGAACAAAAAGGUGAACUACAAGUUGAGGGAUUGGCUUUUUGCUCGGCAACGUUAUUGGGGGGAGCCCAUUCCAGUCAUUUUUUUGAACAACACCAGUGAGGGUGUUCCCCUCCCUGAAUCUGAGCUGCCCCUUACCCUUCCUGAGUUGGAUGAUUUCACCCCUACCGGGACAGGGGAACCGCCGCUUUCCAAAGCAGAAUCUUGGGUCAAAACCACAGACCCUCUCUCUGGAAAACCUGCCAAACGUGAAACAAAUACCAUGCCACAAUGGGCUGGUUCUUGCUGGUACUAUUUAAGAUUCAUGGACCCCAAAAAUUCUGAUGCGUUGGUUGAUAAAACGAAAGAAAUGUAUUGGAGCCCAGUUGAUGUAUAUGUUGGUGGUGCUGAACAUGCUGUUCUUCACUUACUUUAUUCUAGGUUUUGGCACAAGGUUCUUUAUGAUAUUGGUGUCGUGUCAACCAAAGAACCCUUUAAAUGCGUCAUAAACCAGGGGAUUAUCCUCGGUGAAGUUCAAUAUAUGGCAUGCAGAGAUCCGGAUGGGAAUUUCAUUUCUGCAGACUCUGUCGAUGUGUUGGGUGAGCAUCAUCAAGAAAUAAUACCUGAGGAAAAGGUCAUGAAAUCUGGUGAUUCCUAUGUACUAAAAGAUGAUCCGAAUAUUCGUUUGAUUGCCCGGGCUUACAAAAUGAGUAAAAGCAGGGGAAAUGUUAUAAACCCUGAUGACGUUGUUUCUGAGUAUGGUGCAGAUUCUCUUCGAUUAUAUGAAAUGUUCAUGGGCCCAUUUAGAGACUCAAAAUCUUGGAAUACUAGUGGUAUCGAAGGUGUUCAUCGAUUUUUGGGGAGAGCUUGGAGGUUGAUAGUUGGCUCACCUCUACCUAAUGGUACUUUUAGAGAUGGAUCAAUGGCAAUUGAUGGUGAACCCUCUUUGGAACAACUUCGUUGUCUUCAUAAAUGCAUUGCGAAGGUAACGGAAGAGAUUGAGGGGACACGGUUCAACACUGGAAUUUCUGCAAUGAUGGAGUUCAUUAAUGCAGCGUAUAAGUGGGAUAAACUUCCGAAGUCGAUCGUUGAAGCAUUCAUUUUAUUGCUUUCACCAUAUGCACCUCACAUGGCCGAGGAGCUUUGGUUUCGCUUGGGACACUUAAAUUCAUUGGCUUAUGAGCCUUUCCCAAAGGCUAACCCUGCUUACUUGAAAGAUUCCACUGUGGUCCUACCCGUUCAGAUUAAUGGGAAGACAAGGGGUACUAUACAGGUUGAAGAAGCAUGUACAGAGGAGGAUGCUUUCAAACUGGCUUCACUCGAUCAGAAACUCUCCAAGUAUUUGGAAGGGAAAACUAUCAAAAAGAGAAUUUAUGUCCCCGGUAAAAUUUUGAACGUUAUUUUGGAUCCACAAAACGUCAAAGUGGGUCUCCGGUAGUACUGGGGAGGCAGUCCAUUUUUAUUGAUAUGAAGGAUGAAGACAGAGCAGUGGUAAUACAAUGUACCAUUUCAUCUCCGCAUCUGCACUGCAAUUCAGUGGAAUUCGAACACGAGAAGGAAAUUGCGCUUGGGCACCAUGUUUCUGUCAGAAACCUUUGUUUUGGAGGGCUUGUUGUCUAAUGAGAGGAAUGGCAGCAGUUGUGGGUUUAGUUGGCAUUGUUAAUGCCAAAGGGGUGUGCCUUUGAUGAUCACAUGCAUAGUUUAUUUCACUGUUUGUAUAAUUGUAUGCUUAACUAAAAAGUCUUGUACAUGCUGUAUUAUAAUAAUUUGGAAAUGUGUUACUACGUGCACGAUGAUAUGAGAUUAUUUGGUAAUUCGGAGCUUUAUUUUGGAAAAUGUAUUAAUUUUUUUUUUUCUUUAUGAGCUGGCCCGACCCGGUUCCUGCUAACUCUGGAGCUCCUAUGAAUAGGAAUGGUAAUCCUAGAGGACGAUUCUGUGA